AAAGCCAUGGAUUGCAAAUCAUCGCUGAAGCAGAAGUUCCAGAACAGGCUUUGUCUUAAACCAUGGAUUCUUUGGUCAAACAACUAAGGGGGGGAUAUUCUGGCAUACAACGCCAAAAGACAGAAGAGGCUGGCAACAUCAGGGAUGGAAGAAUACCACCUCAACAGACUCAAAGUUUCAAAGCGACUGUGGCAUUAUUACUAAUCCAAUGGAUAUUACUUUCUAGAGCAGCUGAAACAGAGACUUUGACAGAGAAGAAGAAAUCCCAGAACUGGUUCCAGAGACUGUUCAACAGGCAAAUGAGUCAAGAUUACGAUUCAAGCAACAUAAUAGAGCAUGUAACCGCAGUGGCAGCUGCUACAUUUGCCAUCGCCACACUUGAAGAACCAGACAUCCCAGAUCAGAAAAAGACGAGUGAACGCCCUGAAACCUCUUUUAUCAGAAGCAAGAGCAAUAAGGAGGAUACAACACGUUCAGCGCUAGAACCUGGUAGAGCAUCCAAGCGAUUCUCAGGUGAAACUUCAAUGAGACUUCCUGAAGGCAAAGAUACCAAGGUGCCAGAAACUGCUGCAGCAAUUGGAAAGACACCCCAAAAACAGAAAUCCAUAGGGCCUGCCCCUUCAAUGAAAAAGACUCCAACUUUUGCUGAGAACUUGAAAAAAACUGACAGCAUACAACCUGAAACUGCAGCACCAAAACCUGAUCUGCCUGCCACCAUUAAUCUAGAAAUGCCACCAACUGAAACUCAAAGGCAGAGUUCAAUGAGAGCUGAAAUCCCACUAACUGAAACUCGAAGGCAGAGUUCAAUGAGAGCUGAAAUCCCACCAACUGACUCCAAAGGGCAGAGUCCAAUGAGAUUUAGAGCAGAAGAAACAGAAGCAGAAGCUUGGGAGAAAGCUGAGUUGGCUAAGAUCAAAGAACGGUACGAGAAGAUAAAUUCCACAAUACUUUCCUGGGAGGAAAAGAAGAAAGCAAAAGCCAGACGCCGACUAGAUAAGACACAGAGUGAAGUGGAACGAAGAAGAGUAAAAGCUUUAGAAAAAUUUCGCAUUGAGAUGGAAUAUAUUAACCAGGUUGCAGGAGCAGCAAAAGUGCAGGCAGAAGAAAGGCGAAAGGAUGAAGAGUUAAAGGCAAAAGAAAAGGCAAACAUAAUUAGAACUACAGGGAAGGUUCCUAAGACAUGUCUCUGCUUAUGAAUUUGACCAGUUUACCUGGUUUUUCAGGGACAAAGGCAAUCUUUGAAUUUCUACAAAUGUAAUUAUUUAUUUCAAAAUUUCUUAACUAGCUCAAAGUGGCAAUUGUAAUACACUGGAAACUCCUUUAUAAGAUUUUUCAUUCCAUAUCAAAGAGUCACCUGUAGGAGUUCAAGUAAUAUACUGCAUCUAUUAAUUACACAGAUUCUAAUUUA